UCUCUCUCUCUCUCAGUGUGUGACUUAAGGAAAAUGUCAGAGUCCAGUAUUUCAGUAGAUCAGGAUCAGUUCAUCUGUCCAGUGUGUCUGGAUCUCCUGAAGGAUCCGGUGGCUAUCCCCUGUGGUCACAGUUUCUGUAAGGUGUGUAUUAAUGGCUGCUGGGAUCAGGAGGAUCAGAAGGACGUCUACAGCUGUCCUCAGUGCAGAGACACUUUCACUCCAAGGCCUGUUCUACGCAGAAACAACAUGCUGGCUGAAGUGGUGGAAAAACUGAAGAAGACUGAAGUCCAAGCUGCUUCUCCUGCUCACUGUUACACUGGACCUGGAGAUGUGGAGUGUGAUUUCUGCACCGGGAGAAAACACAAAGCCGUCAAGUCCUGUCUGGUGUGUCUGGUCUCAUUUUGUGAAACUCAUCUGAAACCUCACCUGGAAGUUCCAGGUUUGAAAAAACACACAUUAAUUGAAGCUUCAGCAAAACUCCAAGAGAAGAUCUGCUCUGAACAUAACGAACUGAUGAAGAUCUACUGCCGUACUGAUCAAACCUGCAUCUGUUAUUUGUGUACGAUGGAUAAUCACAAAGGACACCACACCGUCACAGCCGCAGCAGAAAGAGCUGAGAAACAGAGUGAGUUAAAGGAGGAGCAGAUGAAAUCCCAGCAGAGAAUCCAGGAGAAGCAGAAGAAGGUGCAGGAGCUGAAACAGGCUGUGAACACUAUAAAGCUGAGUGCACAGACAGCAGUGGAGGACAGUGAGAGGAUCUUUACUGAGCUGAUCAGCUCCAUGGAGAAAAAGCGCUCGGAGGUGACGGAGCUGAUCAGAGCUCAGGAGAAGACUGAACUGAGUCGAGCUGAACGACUCCUGGAGCAACUGGAGCAGGAGAUUGCUGAUCUUCAGAGGAGACUCACUGAGCUGGAGCAGCUUUCACACACACACGAUCACAUCCAGUUCCUCCAGGCUUUAGCUUCUGGACGUCAGUCUCCUCCAUGGACCAGACCAGACUUUCAGACAUCCAGCAUCAGUGUCCAUCAACAUCUCUCAUUUGAUGGAGUGAGGAAUUCUCUCUCAGAUCUGAAGAAGAGACUCGAGGAAUUCUGUGAGGAGGAAUUCAACAAAAUCCCUCCACAUGGUAAGAGGAGCUGUUUCUUCAUUUCCAUUUUUCUCUCCACAGCUGCAGCAGUUCAGAUCUUUUCACUACCAGAGCCACAGAGCAGAGAAGAGUUUCUGAAAUAUUUCUGUUAUCUGACUCUGGAUCCCAACACGACACAUCGUAACCUCAUUCUGUCUGAGAAGAACAGAGCGGUGAGAUACAGUGGGAGAGAGCAGCAGUACUCUGAUCAUCCAGAGAGAUUUGAUUAUUGGGAACAGGUGUUGUGUAAGGAGAGUGUGUGUGGACGCUGUUACUGGGAGGUGGAGUGGAGCGGUGAGGGUGUGUCCAUAUCAGUCUCAUAUAAAGACAUCAGCAGGAAAGGACAGGGUUAUGAGUGUGAGUUUGGAAGCAACAAUCAGUCCUGGAGUCUGUGGUGUUCUUCUUCUUCUUCUCUUUGUUUCUAUCACAACAACAUUGAGACUGAUCUCAGAGCUCCAUCAUCCUCCAGAAUAGGAGUGUAUGUGGAUCACAGUGCAGGAACUCUGUCCUUCUACAGCGUCUCUGACACGAUGAAGCUCCUCCACAGAGUCCACACCACAUUCACUCAGCCUCUGUACGCUGGGUUUGGGUUCUACAAGUGGUCAUGUGACUCUACUGUGAGAUUGUGUGAUCCAGAAUAAAGUGUGUAGUGUUUUGUGUAAAAUUCCUGCACAUUGUCACAUUGUUGCUCAGUCAUCUGUCUCACUAACACACAAUCCAGCUGCACAAACAGCUCAGUAAUUUAACACAGCAACAAUUAAAGAGUAAAUAUUAACACUGAAUAUAGUUUAAUAAAAAUAAA